UAAAUACAUAUAUACACAUGCAACUAAUGAGGAAAAGAAAGCAAUUGAAAAUAUGAUGGGCAAAGUUUUGUGUGUAAUUGUUGUAAAAGUUUUGCCCAAAAAUAAUUCCAACAACCAUUAAGCUGCUGGCGCCAACUAACGGUUACGCGUGCCAACUUAAAUAAUAAAUUUAAAAAAAAAAUAGUACCAAACAAAUUUAGAAACUGCUUAGGCGCAAACAAAUAACAAAAACAAAAUCAAACACCUUAAGCAGACACCCACACAGCUUUUAUGGAUGUUCGACGAGCUAUAAGGCGUGGAACACAGUUAUUUCAAACCGAGGCACAGUGUGCGAUUGGCGUGAGUCAAGACAAGCGUACGAUUGAUUGGAUUGUGAAGGCGCAGAAAAAAAAUGAGCGUAUCGUGAAUAACAGCAAAAUCCAUUUAACUAACAGAAUGAAUUGAAGCAUCAAAGCCUGUCACCUUGAGAAGGACAACAAUAAAUAGCAGUCAAGAGAAAAUUCAAGAAUUCCUAACAGCAGCCAGAGAGUCUAGCGUUAUGCUGGCUGUAUAUAAGAAAAUCUGGUAAAGGAAAUCAAAGCACAAGGCACAACUGUAAAAGAAGUAGAAUAAAUUUGCAAAUAACUUUUCAUAAUAGAAAUCUGACGCGAAACCAAAAGUAAAAUAUUAAUAGGCAAAUAAAAAAUAAGAACCGAAGGGAAGGGAAGGAAAUUUCAAAUAUAAAAUAACCAACAACAAUCAAAAGGAAAAGCAAUAAUAAUUUUAAAGAAACACAACUAUUUAAGGUAACUAGCCAAAAGCAGCAACAACUUCGAUAUAGAAACCGAAGAAAGAAAUACAAGAGCAACAGCAAGAUUUGAAAAGAAACAAAUAUUUUAAUUAAAAAUGAAGAAAAAAUAAAUCAUCGAUCGAUUUUCAUAUUUAAAUAAUUUAAAUAGCACCGAACUGCAGCAGAUUAUAUAAAUAACGAAAGUAAAGCGCAGCCGGAAGUGAUAAGAAAGUGAUUUGAUUUCGAUUGUUAUUUAUUUAAAGAAUUUUUAUGGAUGCUACUCCAUCUCGCAAUUGGCCCCACGCAAAUCACUCAACUUACGCAAAAUGCUUGCAUACAUGCAUAUGUAGUUGGCUUGGCAGUGUAUUCAGUGUCCAGUAAUUUGUGAAACGCCCUCCACUGUUGGCCGCUAAAGCGCCUUUCGUCUAAGCAACCAUAUGCCGACUAUAAUGUGGAGUACAAUAUCGCCGACAAAUUCUAAGAAAUUACUUAUUGGCAGAACUCGAAGCGUCGACUAUGUCGGAAACAAUAACAACAAUCAGCAGCAGCAACAGCAUCAGCAACUACAACAGCAACGACAACAUCAUCUUCAAUUUCAUCGACAGCAAAAACCACAACCGCAAAUAUUUAAUAAUAACAACGCAUCGAAGACAGCAACAGGAGCAGCAGCAACAACAAUUGAGAGUGAAACUGAAAUCGAUAGAAUACCAGCAGCAACAGCAGCAUCAGCAGCAGCAACAACAGCAAUCAUUCCCUAUCGAACAGCAACAUCAAUCACAACACCAACAGCAAAAGCAUCAACAGCAGCAACAACAAAAAACACAACAACAGCAGCGACCCAUAAUAACAACAGCAUCGCCAACACCACUAACACCACUACCAUCAACGCCACUAACAACAAUAAAACGCAAUCGACGAAAAUCUCAAUCGCAAUGGAAAUUCACAUACAAAAUAAGUGCAUCUCAGCAUAGCGCAUCACUCUGGAGGGUGGUGCGGAGCCCCCAUGGCUGCAGGGCCCCCUUAAAGCGGCAUUUUUGGGGGCCUCUGGCGUCGGUAAAACCAGCAUAUUACAGCAAUUUUUCUAUCACGACUUUCCGAAAAUAUAUCAAACAACUACGCGCAGAAAAAUUUACAAAAGCUGUCUGGUGUGUGACACUUGCAUACGCGAGCUGAUGGUACUCGACGUUCCACCCCAGAAACGAUUUCCGGCCGAUAACUUUGCCGAAUGGAAUAAUGGACAUCCGCUGGGGUUGCGAACUGUGCACGCUUAUGUUUUAGUAUUCGAUAUGGGCAAUUUGGAGACAUUUCAGUACUGCCGUGCAAUGAGAGAGCAAAUCUUGGAUAGUUUCGGUCAUCGUGAUUUUAGUAUAAUAGUAAUUGGCAAUAAAUACGAUACAGUUACCGAGGUGCAUGCAACUUCGCAGGAACUGAAGGAUAUAUCAACUCUGGUGCGUAAACACUGGCGUUGUGGCUACGUGGAGUGCUCCGCCAAAUACAACUACAAAAUUGGCGAUGUAUUUCGAGAACUGAUGGGCUGCACCGGCACCGGUGCCGUUGUCAGCGAUUUUGCACAAUCAAAUAGAAAUAAAGGACGUUGCACAAUACUUUAGCGUUAUCUGCUCAAGUUCUUCAAGGAAAGCAUAUGAGCCGCGUUAAAGGGGCGCAAGCUGCAGCUGCACUACUUCAAACCCAACGCAAAAACAACCACCAAAUAAGCAAAGACUAACCGAAAUGCCGCCAAACAUACACAAGCACAUACAUACAUACAUACAUACCUAUUUCACAUGUGAGUAACUGUGAAUCACAAAGUUCACAAAAAUUUUAUUAAAAUUCGAAAAUAGAAUAAAUUGUUGCAGCUGUUGGCUCCCUUGAAAACUUUAUAAGUAUGUGUGUAUAUAAGUUUGUAGGUGAAGUGAGCACCAUAAUUAAUCGAUUUAAGGUAUUUUGUAUUUCUAAGAAAUUUGGAAAUAUAUGUACACGUAUGUAAUGUAAGGAGUCAUGAGUUUAAAUUGUAUGCAAUUUAGAAAGCGAAAAGAAAUUUCGACCGCGUCGUUGCUGAGGAAAGCCAAAUUACUUUAGUAAUUGUUAUACAAAUAUGCUGUUAUAUAACUAAAUAAGGCAAUUACUGAACAAAUAUUAGUGUAGAUGUAUAAAUUAGGAAUAGAUAUUUUCAAAAAA